GAUUCAUUUUCACUUAGGGUUUGUUUCUCCGAUCAGAUCCAAUUUCAAUUCCUUAUCCAGCCAAAUUCUCUCCUCCGUCGCGAUGUCUCUCCGCCGCACCAUCCUCGAUCUCCACCGUCAAACCCACAAAGCCGCUCUCUCAAAGUCGUUACCUUUCUCCAUGAGCCAAAUCUCCUCCGCGUCCGCCACCACCGCCGCCGUGAGAAACCCACUGGGAAUGGGAAGAGACAUCUCUUCAAUCCCCUUUGCCCUAGCCCAGAAACUCAAACCGGAUUCAACCAAUCUCGUCACCGAUCGUUCGAUUUCUUCUUCAAUCCGACAAUCUGAUCUCAACAACGCAGCUAAAUUCUCGCGUCUCUCGUCUUCACGAGGUUACACUAACGCAUCUUUCUUGCCAAAAAUUCAUUUGCUGUAUCAUAUCAACGAAGGUAUGGAAGAGAUUUUGGCGGAUUACGUUCAUCAAGAGAUGACUAGGCACUUGAUGGUGAUCUCUUUGGGUUUGUUCCAGUUCAUCGUUAUCAAAGAUAUUUUCGUGUUUCUUUUCUGAAACAAGUUAACAUCUUUUGGGAAUCUAAAGAUGUUUUAUGAAUAAGAACAUGAUGCAAUAUUGCAUCUUUUUUUAUAUCUUCUGUGUGUGUUGGUUGAGUUUCUGGUUUGGUGUAUUUGGAUUCAGCUUGUAAAGGCUUAAGUGGAAUUCUAAGUCUGUUUCAAUAACUUUUCUCUUUAGUAAAAGAGUCAGGAGUGUUCUUCCUGAUGGUUGAGACUCUGUUAAGCUUUUGAUUGAAUAACGAGAACUUCUAUCAGCUCU